AUGAUCAGGUUAAAUUUAACCGGCUUAUUUAAAUCGGGUUAAUUGAUUAAUUCAGAACAGUUAGUCAGGGUUAGUUAGAUCGGGUUGGUAAAAGGGGAAAAGUGUUGAUGUCAACAGGAUAGACAUGUGUGAGGCUCGUGACAACCGGAAGUAAACAGUCGGUAAAACUUUUAGGAGGACUCGAACUUCCGUGAUGGUUCUGAAACGGAGAAUGAAGCUUUCUAGUCUGAAACGGAUUGAGCGGGUCGGUACCAGAACUUUACCCCAGAUCGAGGCUCGCGCUCCGAACGUUCCUCUGGUUUUGCUCACCUCCACCUCCUCUGGUUUCCGGUUCUCCUUCCAGAGGUCGCCAUGGACCCGGACUGGUCCGGAACUGAAGAUAACAGAUCAGUCCGCUGGUACACGCCUGUCAGUCCGAGAGCUCAGAACAUCUGCCAGAAGUUUCCAGUACGACCUGAAAGCAGAUGUCCCGAAGACGGAAGGACGAACGUUGUUCUUUGAUACGCACGCAGUCGUUCAGCUCCUGGAAGAAAAUGGUUUCAGUCCUCAGCAGGCGGAGGUGAUUGUCAAAGUCCUGGUGAGGACGACAAACUCUAACAUGGACAUCAUAUACAGCGACAUGGUAACCAAGGUGCAGCAGGAGAUCGUGUUGCAGCGGGUGAUGUCUCAGAUUGCUGCUGUGAAGAAGGACAUGAUCAUCUUGGAGAAGAGUGAGUUUUCCACACUGCUGGCAGAGAACGAGAAACUGAAAAUCCAGUUGUCACAGCUCAAAGUCCAACUCGCAGAUGUCAUGAAUAAAGUUCGUUCUGACAAUAUUUUGGACAUGAAUUUGGAAAAAAGCCGCGUAAAAGAACUGAAAGCAGAUCAUGAGAAGAAGCUUCUGGGGACCCGAACUGAGAUUGUGGAGAUGACAGCAGAGCAGGAUCGGCAUCUGACUCAGACCAAUAUCAAGAUCGACACCGAGGUUGCCGGUUUGAAAACCAUAUUAGAGUCUCACAAACUGGAUACCAUCAAAUAUCUGGCAGGUUCAGUGUUCACCUGUCUCACCGUGGUUCUGGGUUUCUACCGGAUCUGGAUGUGAACCACUGCUGAUACUUGAACUUUCUGCAUCUCUUCAAAACAACAACAUUCUGAGAACUGACAUCUCACCUUUCAUGGUUCUUUUCUCUGUUUCCAGAUAUUAGGAUAAAAGAGCUGUUUAGGUAAAACAGGUCUCCAUAAAAAUCCUGUAAUCUUUUUCGGGAUUCUUGAACAGAUUACGAUGGGUGCAAAGCCAAUUUCUCCGUUUAAUGUUUGUUUUCAGCUUAAUGAUGACAGUUUUCUGUGUGUAUUUAUCUGUUGAUGGUGAAGAACAUAUCAGACGCGUCAGUGUGAACCAGAACCAGUCCAUUUUACCAGAACAAAUAUUUCACUGUCGAUUUAAUUUAAAUUUUCUCAAUGAAAUUAUUAAUAAAUGCAAACUUUUGCUCACAGAUGCCAUGCUUGAUUUUUAUACAGAUUGUUAAACUCUAUGAAAUUAUUUUUUAUCAACAAAUAAAAGAAAACAAUAAUAAA